AUGAAGCCCGAUCAGUCGCUGCUGGAGAUUUCUAACGGCAUCGAAGACAGUGUGCGACCCCAAACGCCGGCUCCAAAAGUACACUUGAAUAAAGUGAUAUACUUGGAAGUCGAUAUCAGGAUUCAUAUGGGUGGACAGAUCGUUGAUAGCGCUUUCACGAUGGCGUUCGAUCCAGUCUACAGCAAUCUACUUGAGUGUGAAAUCGACGGCAAAACCCACCCGGUUAAGGCGACUCGGAACUUGUGCGGGCAUACAACUCUUCCAUAUUCUAUUCAUGGCACUAAAACUGUCCCCCUUAUUAAGUCGGAUGACAUGACGAAGAUAGAAGAUGGAAGGAGGCGAGGUCUCGCACCAUGCUAUGCGCGGUGUAUGCGAAUCCAAAGAACUUGGCUUUAUCCUCUGCUAAAUCCGUUUUGGGGGCGGUUAGAAAGAACUUCAGCACACCCCCCUUCCGUUGAAGCUUUACGGAUAGGAUUGGAUAGGAAAAGUAUUUCCUUGGUUUUUGUGAAAUCAGGAAUUCUUGGAGAUUAUCCUCUUUUGAAUGAGAAGCAAGACACUUAUACGGCACAGUCUGAACACUUAAGUGGGCUGGAGAAGACAACCCACGAAUACCAGGAUCGGACUAUUCUACCCAGACCUACCGUCCAAGAGGCUAUCAGUCGUGGAGACGACCUCUAA